UUUCCUCGAUUCUUAUUCAAAGAUGAACGUUACUCGUCUAAUGAAACACUCGAGAGAGAGAAAGAGAGAGAGAGACGUUGACUUCUAAACCCUCCACCUCCACCUCCAGGCUCCAUAGAUUUAUUAAUAAAAAGGUGACCUCCGUCUACCUUCUCUUUCCUUCACCUCAAAUGCAUCUCUCUCUCUCUCUCAAGGCGGCAAAGCCAUGUUACCGUUGACAUUCCAAAGCUUUGACUAUCCAAAUAAACACCGCCCCUCAACUUAGCCAUGGCUGACCAAAAUGCUUUUAAUCUGAUCCCUCUCUCACAGUUGAGAACUUCUGCAGUGACCCCUUCAGUUCAAUCCCAUCACCAUCUGGAGAUGAACAACAGCACCGUAGAACCUCCUAGUAGUGGGCUGCUAGACAGCAAGAACAUUGGUGGGUUCGGCUAUGGAAUUGGAGUCUCCGUCGGCAUCCUCCUCCUCAUCACCACCAUCACUCUUGCUUCCUACUUCUGCACCCGCAAUCAGAUGCCCUCCGACCAGCCCCAACAGAGCUCCGCUCAACCCUCCAACCAACACACGAUCAUCACCAUCGAAGAAGGCGUCGACGAGGCCACCCUCCUCAGCUACCCCAAGCUCCUCUACUCCCAAGCCAAGCUUCGCAACAAGGAUACCACGGCCUCCUGCUGCUCCAUCUGCUUAGCAGAUUACAAGAACACCGACGUGCUCCGGCUUCUUCCCGGCUGCAGCCACCUCUUUCAUCUCAAGUGCGUCGACCCAUGGUUACGGCUGCACCCCACCUGUCCUGUCUGUCGUACAUCACCGAUCCCAACUCCCCUCUCGACUCCUCUUGCCGAGGUUGUCCCGUUGGCCGGCAGCCGGCGUUGAAUAAAAUCAAUAUAGGUAUACAUACAUAUACAGGUUCAAACUUCAAACCCAAGGUUUGCUUGCUAUCAUCUGUACACUCUUUGCAAUUAAUCUCUACCAAUUCCUGGGGCUAUAACCUUCUGGUAGAGAUCCGAUUAACAAUUCUUUUUUCUUUUCGUUUUCUUUUUCUCUUUUUUUUUCCCUUACAUUCAUGUAAGUUUUGCAUCUGUUUUACUAUCAAAUACAAUCAAUAGGAAUUGGUGCAUUUCAUUUAAGAAUA